AUGAGUAGUAAUCUGCAUAAUGACGUUGAAAAUGAGAGUGAGGAGUACGGAGAAGUAUUCAAGUUUGAGCCUGAUGAAAGAUUUGUCACUCCACCGAAUCAUGUGGACUCUAAUGGGCGUACCAUAGAGAACGAAAUGAAUGGCUGCGUGAUGCAAUUGCCUGAAGAGGAACUUCUAUUAGUUCCUGGAAGUGAUAGGUUAGAGAGUAUCAUGCAAGCAAAUGAGGAGUUGGAUAGAAGCAUUAAUGAGAUGAGUGGAUAUCAGCGAGUCAUAGAGAGUAAGUUUUGUAGUAGAGAAUUAACUGAAGCUGAGAAACAAGAUGUCAGACGGUUUGAUUCCAAUGAAAAAAAUAUAAAUCAAAUGACUGAAGAUGUUAAGACAGCCAAAAAUAUCAGAUUUAAGCGAUGGAUCGAUAGGAAAUUUGGUGACUUGAAGUCAAGACGAAGAAAGGAUAUUGGUGGGCCCGAAGAGGAACCAAUUGAGGAACCAAUGGAUCCUCCAAAUGAAGGUCCAGUAGAAGAGUCCGAAGCACAUGAUAAGAUAACUUUAGAUCCUAAUAAUCCUGCACCAUUACCGGUUCAUGAGUUGGCUCAGCCAACAAGUGAUGCAGAGAGUAUUAUUAGUGAAUCCAGCAACGAGUUUCUUGCAAAAACAAGAGAAAAAUACGAAACUAUGUCACCAUUGACUUCAAAAAAUGGAUUAUUCAAGAGCUACUCUGCCAAGUUCAAAGAGAUGGCGAAUAGUCAAAUGUUUAAAAAUAAGAAGAAAAAAGAUAUCACCUAUCCACAACUAGUUGGUGGGCUCGACUCACCAGAUGAUAGUCAUUCUAGUAGCGGCUACAGUGGUUCAGAUGUGGAAAAUGACAAAAAGAAAUCCUUGAGAAAUUUAUUUGCAACUAUGAAGCUAGGAAAGGUGGAUGAGAAACGUGGCCGAACUAGAGAAAGGCGACAGGCAAAAGCUGGAGCUAAGAGAGAGCAACCUCCAGAAGUAAAUCAAGAAUCAUCUUCAGAGGCAACUUUGGAAGCAACUCCAGAAGCAAUGCCUAAGGAAAUAUCCGAGGAUCCUCAGAAGCAGAUUCAAGAACUAGCUCAACCCCAAAUUCAGAGUCAAGAUCAAAAACAAGGCGAAGACGUAUCUCAAGAGCCAAGUCAAGAUAUACCUCCAACUACCAAGCAAGAUUCACGUACGGACACCAAAUAUGAUUCAUGUGCAGAAACCAAACAAGAUGUACACGUUGAUGAGACUGGAAACAUCCAAGAUGAUGAAACAGAUCCUCUAACAGUAUCAACAGCAUCACCAAUUUACCAAAAUAAAGUUAGUUAA